ACACCGUCAAAGAAAAAACUAGACAUUAUGACAAUUUCAAGUAAUUAUCACAUAGAGGUAAAUCCCAGUGAUGUUGGUGUACAGGACCGUGUUGUGAUCCAAGAACUUAUCAAGUCAAUUGCUGAGGUCAAUCAGUUAGAUAUCAAUUCUCAACGUGAUUUCAAAGUUGUUAUCCUCACUGAAGUUGACCGUUUAACAAAAGAUGCUCAACACGCUCUCCGAAGAACAAUGGAAAAAUAUAUGGCCACAUGUCGCAUCAUCCUCAUCUGUAAUUCCUCAAGUAAAGUCAUUCCUGCCAUAAAAAGCCGUUGUCUUGGAAUCCGGGUACCAGCACCUACUGUUGAUGAGAUCUGCCAAGUUUUGCAGACAGUAUGCAAGAAAGAAGGCCUCACAUUACCAAUAGAACUUGCCAAAAAAAUAUCAUUGGUCAGUGAGAGAAACAUGAGAAGGGCUCUUCUUAUGUGUGAAGCCUGUAAAGUCCAACAGUAUCCAUUCAGCAUUGAUCAAGAAGUAAUUGAACCAGACUGGAAACUUUAUCUGCAAGAAACAGCUGGAUUGAUAGUACAACAACAGAGUCCACAGAGGCUUUUAGAGAUCCGGGCUCGUCUCUAUGAACUCCUUACUCAUUGUAUACCUCCUGAUAUAAUUAUGAAGGGUCUCCUACAAGAGUUAAUCACUAACUGUGAUGGUCAACUCAAAUCGGAAGUUGUCAAAUCAGCUGCUUAUUAUGAACACCGACUGCAACUUGGACAGAAAGCAAUCUUCCAUCUUGAAGCCUUUGUUGCCAGAUUCAUGGCCAUCUAUAAACGAUUCAUCGAAGAAGGAAUUGCUGAGCUUUUUUAAAUUGUACCCAUUUUUUUUUUCUUUUUUUUUUUGUAAAAAUAAAACUAAAUAGAAUAUACCA